AUGUAUAAUGCUUUGACAAUAGCAGAAAUUGCAUCACAAAGCGAUUUCAAACGAUGGUCAGCAAAACAAGUAAAAGAAUGGGCUACAAAAGAAGUUCAAGUAAGAGAAGAAUAUGCCCAGAUGCUUCUUGAUAAUGAUGUAGAUGGAGAGAGUAUCGCAGUGUUUACAGAGGCUGAUUUUGGUAAAUGUGGCAUAGUCGUCGCACCUGCAAAGAAGCUCUAUCUGGCUGCUCAACAACUUUUAAUUAAACAACAACAAUCGCUAUCGCAUCAACACAGCAGCAGUAGAGCCAACAUAUUCGUCUUGUUCGCACAUGAUUGUCAUUCGUCAGAUUCCCUGCUGCGGAAUGAGUGCAUUCUUAAACUCUAUCUACUCCAUGUUGUAUGUAUCGUCCUCUUUUAUCUUUUUUUAAUCUUAAUGGUCUCUGUUUUUGCUUCUUGCCUCCAAUCAUCAUCUUCAUCACAUGCUUUUUUUAGAUUUAGAGCAGAUAGACAAAACAGCUACAGCAAAUCACUUUUAUUAGAAUUUGACAGAGCAGCACUAUUACAAGCGACAAUACCAAAAUCAUUUUAUACAGUUGGAAGAGGAUUAAAUACUUUUGAAUUGAUAGAAGAUGCUCAAUCAUUACAAGACACAUUGGAAAAGCAAUUGAAUGCAUUGUCACCAAACAAUGUGAAAUAUGCAAUCAGUUGGCCAACAUCACAACAACCAAAUACUGGUAAAUAUGGGGAUGAUGAUAUAUUACAAGAGGUUUAUUCUGCAGCUAGUAAUGCAGAUUUUUCAAAUAUACAUUGGCAAAACUAUGAUGUUGAAUCAUAUAGUAAACAAUUGGUAUCAAAUUCAAAGACAAGUUUUACCAUUUAUUUAACAGAUCAAGAUGGAAAUGAAGUCAAUUUAAAUGGUAAAAAGAAUCAUUAA